AUGAUGUUCGCUUCACAUUCACGAGCACGUCCUUUCUCAACAUUUAUCCGAGUAGUUACGGCGGCAAGAGCUAAAACAAUAGAGAAAGGCGUCGCACUUCCUUCUCUUCAGCAGCGACUGUCUCUCAAUGGCGUUGGUCUCAAGUUUCUAACUACAGCGGCGAAGGGCGGAGAUGGCGGAGAUUCAACGACGGAGCCAGAAUUUGCAAAAGCGAAAACUUCAGUGUGGUGGGAUACUGAGAACUGUGAGGUCCCAAAAGGUUGUGAUGGCAGCAUGAUUUCUCAAAACAUCAAAUCGGCUUUGGAGAAAAAGAACUACUUUGGUCCUCUCACCAUUUAUGCAUAUGGUGACAUCAAUAAAAUCCCUUCCUCUGUACAGGAAGCUCUCUCCUCCACCGGCAUAUCUCUCAAUCACGUCCCUCCCGGAGUUAAAGACGGGAGCGACAAGAAGAUACUUGUGGACGUGAUGUUGUGGGCAAUGGAAAAUGAAGCUCCUGCUAACAUAAUGCUCAUCUCUGGUGAUGGAGAUUUCUCUUACCUUCUUCACCGAUUAGGGAUGAAGGGGUACAACAUUCUUCUGGCACGACCUGAGAAUGCAUCUCACUUUCUGAUUUCUGCUGCAGAGACUGUAUUUUUGUGGAGGAGGAUCGUUUCUGGUGGAGUCAAGAUUCCUAAACAAGCUGAGCCAAGCAAGCGGAUGAACACAGAUAUGGUCGUUAAAAGAAAGAGUAGCCAGAGAUUCUGUGCAACAUGCAAGGUUGCUUGCUCAAGCCUUGUUGAUCACAACUCUCACCUCUCUAGUAAAACGCACAAGAAAAAGACCGCGCUAGUAGCCAGUGAAAGGGCUCUUGUAGAAGCAAAAACCCAGUGGUGUAGCAUUUGCGAGGCCCAUUACCCAUCAGCUGGGCGUGAAGAACAUCACUCAGGAAGAAGGCACCAAAAGAAACUUAAAGUUUAA